UUCCGGGUCAGAGGCAUGGCGGUGGCAAAUUCAAGCCCUGUCAAUCCCGUGGUAUUCUUUGAUGUCAGCAUUGGCGGCCAGGUGAGGUCUUGGCAGCCAGCCAGCCCGAUGCCAAAGAGAACGUGCACGCGGUCUGGCAGGCAGAUCUCACCUCCUCAGGAAGUUGGUCGUAUGAAGAUUGAGCUCUUUGCAGACGUUGUGCCUAAGACGGCGGAGAAUUUUAGGCAGUUCUGCACAGGAGAAUUCAGAAAAGAUGGGGUUCCGAUAGGAUACAAGGGGAGCACCUUCCACAGGGUCAUAAAAGAUUUCAUGAUUCAGGGUGGAGAUUUUGUUAAUGGAGAUGGUACCGGAGUUGCCAGUAUCUACCGGGGGCCGUUCGCAGAUGAAAAUUUUAAGCUUAGACACUCAGCUCCAGGCCUUCUUUCCAUGGCAAACAGUGGUCCCAGCACAAAUGGCUGCCAGUUUUUCAUCACCUGCUCUAAGUGUGAUUGGCUAGAUGGGAAGCACGUGGUGUUUGGAAAAAUCAUUGAUGGACUUUUGGUGAUGAGAAAGAUUGAGAAUGUUCCCACAGGCCCCAACAAUAAACCCAAGCUGCCUGUGGUGAUCUCACAGUGUGGGGAGAUGUAGUCCAGAGGGAGACUGAAGCAGACCCUCCACCUCUGCCACUGCAGGCCUUCCCUUGCUCGAUGGGAUACUCUUGAGUAAGACAACCUGGAUUGGCCCCUGUGUUGGCUUCCCUGCUGGCUGCUGCCCCAUUUGAUCAAGAAAGAGACCUUGGAAGCAUCACAGAUUCAAAACCCAAAAUUUUGUGUUUAAGUUUUAAACUGUAAAUAAAGUUUUUUUUUCUUUGUA